AUGAAGGCACAGAAAGUGACAGCUACUUUCACCAUGGCAGAUGCCCCUACGACAGCCACUGCAGCCCUAACUACAACAACUGCUGUUCCUACGACCACUACAAUUCCAGAACUUACUACGACAACUAGUGCAGCUCCUACUACAACAGCUGUUCUUACGACAACAACGACUGCGGCACCAUCUACAACAACUACAACUUCAGCUCCUACGACAACCACAACAAUAGCACCUACAACAACUGUAUCUCCCACGACAACUGCAGCUCCUUCAACAGCUUUAGCAUCUACGACAACCACUGCAGCCCUAACUACAACAACUGCUGCUCCUACGACCACUUCAACUCCACAAGCUACUACGACAACCAGUGCAACUCCUACUACAACAACUGCUGUUGUUACGACCACAGUUACUGCAGCACCUUCUACAACAACUACAACUUCAGCUCCUACGACAACCACAACAACAGCACCUACUACAACACCUGCAGAUCCUACAACUGUAGCUCUGACGACCACUCCACCUGCAGUACUAACUACAACAAUCACAACUACAGGUCCUGAUACAACAACUGUAGCUUCUACGUCAACCACAGCAACUGCCUCUACGACAACCACUGCAGCUCUAACUACAACAACUGCUGCUCCAACGACCACUACAAUUCCAGAACCUAUUACGACAACCACUGCAGCUCCUGCUACAACAACUACAACUUCAGCUCCUACGACAACAACAACAACAGCAACUACAACAACUGUAGCUCCUACG